CUACAGGCAGGGAAGCCCCGCCCACGUGGGCCUGUCGUGCUGGGACUUGGUCUCAAGACUGGCACUUGUAGACUCUGUGGCCAUUUUGGAUGAGGGCUGGAAGACAAUGACCUAGAAAGGCCUGUGACGUAACCCUCGGCAGGACCACCAAGGAACCCACUUCGCUAGGCCCCCCCACUGCCGCCAUUUUUACGCAGGCGUCCUCAGGUCUUGAUUGCGUGCCUGCUUCUUUCUGUUUUCAAUUUUUAUUUGCAUUCGAGUGCUCACAGAGUGGUUUCUGUCCCUUCUCGGCUCUGGUACCCAACUGCGGUCACCAGCUGGGCGUGCUGGGCUGGCCUGGGGCCAGGGUCCCCAUGGCGCAGCUGAUUGUCCCGGGAAGUCUCUCGGCACCGUCUGGGUUCAGUAAGCCCGGGGUUGUGAGCUUCGCGGACGUGGCCGUGUACUUCUCCCCGGAGGAGUGGAGGUGUCUGCAGCCGGCGCAGAGAGCCCUGUACCGGGAGGUGAUGCGCGAGACCUACGGUCUCCUGGGCGCGUUCGGAGGCGGAGGCGCCAAGCCAGCGCUCAUCUCCUGGGUGGAGGAAGAAGGCGAACAGUGGGGACCCGGUGCCCAGGAUCCAGAGGUGGCCAUGUGGACCACACAAACCCACACAGAUUGCAGACCAUGGGAAGAGACUGAGGAAACCCAGAAGCCGUUUGCUGCCCAGGCUGGGCGGGAGAAGCCUCACCCCUCCUUUGAUGCUCCCCCUUGUAACCUGGAGCAGCUGUUCAAGGACCCUCAUCAGGAACACCCCGCGGUCGGUGUCCACGCCACUGUCCUAAGGACAGAUCAGCGUCACGGUUGCCACCUGUGUGGGAAGAGUUUUGCCUGGCGGUCCACACUGGUGGAGCACCUGUACACCCACACGGGAGAAAAGCCAUUCCGUUGCCCUGACUGCAGCAAACCCUUCGGCAGGGCCUCUUCCCUGAGCAAGCACAGGGCGUUACACCGAGGGGAACGACCGCAUCGCUGUCCUGAAUGUGGCCGGGCCUUCACGCAGCGCUCUGCCCUCACCACGCAUCUCCGUGUGCACACUGGGGAGAGGCCCUACCGCUGUGCUGAUUGUGGACGCUGCUUUAGCCAGAGCUCCGGGCUCCAUGAGCACCAGCGUGCGGUGCACAGCGGCAUAACUCCCUUUCCUUGCACACACUGUGACAGGGCCUUUGCCCAUGCCUCAGAUCUUCGGCGCCAUGUGCGCACUCACACUGGUGAAAAGCCUUAUUCAUGCCCUGACUGUGGACGUUGCUUCCGACAGAGCUCUGAAAUGGCAGCCCACAGGCGGACCCACAGUGGCGAGCGUCCCUACCCCUGUCCUCAAUGUGGCAGGCGCUUUAGCCAGAAGUCAGCUGUGACGAAGCACCAGUGGGUCCAUCGCACAGGAGCUAGAGACCACAGAGACAGAAAAGCCAGUCAGUUAUCUAUAUCCAUGGCCCCUGACCAAGGGGACCCAGAUCCACCUGUGGUCUUCCGGCACUACCCAGAGAUAUUCCAGGAGUGCGGGGAAUGGUCCCAAAAGUGCCAGGGUAGAGGGUGAAAUAUACACAUUGUUUAAAGUCCAGAGGCUUGAACCUUUGGCAUCCUCUGGAAGUCACAGAAAUUCUAGCAAGGGCUGGUCCUGGGAACAGAGUCUUGUAGGUGGUUACCAGACGCAUUUGCACACAUCCUGGUCCCACUGCCCCGGGCUCUGAGUCUAUGGAGGUGGCGUGGAAAACCCCGCUAGGACUCUCAGGAGAA